AUGGCUCUGGCCGGCAGCAGCGGGCAAGCGUCCCUCCGCGGCGGCUCUGCUGGCGGCGGGCGGGCGGGGGCCGGCGGCGGCGGGAGGCGAGCGGGGGGCUGCUCCAGGAAGUCUCCGCUACGAGCCCCCGGCGCGGGGAGCGGCGGGCCGGGCGAGGCGGCGUCCCCUCAGCUCCGCUCCGCUCAGCCCCUCCGCAGAUUACCGCGGUUUCCUGUCCGGCCGCCAGCCCGUGGGGUAUUUCCACCGGGCUCCCGGCUGAUGCCGGCGGUGUGCGGGACGUGGGCGCGGAGAGGGGCAGCCCGCGCCGUGGGGUACGGGAAUUGUGUCUCAAACCCCCGAGAAAGGCGCACGGUGUUUCUCUCCACAGCCGGCUCCGCGGGCCCGACCCUCGCUUGCUCGGGGCCCGGGACCGGUGCGAGGCCGGGCCGUUGCGGCCUGUCGCUGCUCCCCUGGGACCGUUUCUCGGCCUGGCUGCACUGCGUGUGUGUGGUGGGCUUCGACCUGGAGCUGGGCCAGGCCGUGGAGGUAAUAUAUCCUCCACAUUCAAAACUCACAGAUAAAGAGAAAACCAAUAUUUGCUAUUUGUCAUUUCCAGAUUCUAAUUCAGGUUGUCUUGGGGACACACAGUUUUGUUUUAGAUUUCGACGGUCUACUGGAAGGAAAGUCUCGUUAUGUUGUUUUCUGGACCAAUUGGAUAGAGAUCUACCAGUUUACUUAAAGAAAGAUCCAGCCUAUUACUACGGUUAUGUGUAUUUCAGACAAGUUAGAGACAAAUCAUUAAAAAGAGGCUAUUUCCAGAAGUCACUGGUCCUCAUCAGCAAGCUACCUUAUGUCCAUCUCUUUCGCACCAUGCUUAAGCAAAUAGCACCAGAAUAUUUUGAAAAAAGUGAAGCUUUCCUGGAAGCAGUUUGUAGUGAUGUUGAUCGUUGGCCACCACCAGCUCCAGGGAAAAUACUGCAUUUGCCUAUUAUGGGUAUUAUAAUGAAGUUGCGGAUUCCAACAUAUCGUGACAAGCCUGGGACAACACCAAUAGUGCAGAAUAUGCACCAGGCAGAUGCUCAGAUCUCCAUGGCUUUACCAACUGUUCAUGAAGUAGAUCUUUUCAGGUGUUUCUGUCCGGUGUUCUUUCACAUUCAGAUGCUUUGGGAACUAGUACUGCUAGGAGAACCACUUGUUGUGAUGGCACCAUCACCAUCAGAAUCUUCAGAAACUGUGUUGGCACUUGUUAGCUGUAUUUCACCAUUAAAAUACUGCAGUGAUUUCAGGCCCUACUUUACCAUACAUGACAGUGAAUUCAAAGAAUAUACAACUCGCACGCAAGCCCCGCCAUCUGUCAUUCUAGGGGUGACAAAUCCUUUUUUUGCUAAAACACUUCAGCAUUGGCCUCACAUUAUCCGAAUUGGAGAUAUGAAACUUCCAGGUGAAGUUCCAAAGCAGGUGAAAGUGAAGAAACUGAAGAACCUAAAAACUUUGGACUCCAAACCUGGUGUUUAUACCUCUUACAAGCCAUACUUGAACAAAGAUGAAGAAAUCGUUAAACAGUUACAAAAGGGAGUACAACAGAAACGUCCUACAGAAGCACAGAGUGUGAUUCUUCGACGGUAUUUUUUGGAAUUGACGGAAAGCUUCAUUAUUCCAUUAGAACGUUAUGUGGCAAGCCUAAUGCCUUUGCAGAAGUGCAUAUCACCAUGGAAGAGUCCACCACAGCUGAGGCAGUUUAGCCAAGAUGACUUCAUGAAGACACUGGAAAAAGCAGGGCCACAGCUCACAUCAGGUUUAAAAGGAGACUGGAUAGGACUCUACAGGCAUUUUUUGAAAUCACCCAACUUUGACGGUUGGUUUAGGAGCCGGCAGAAAGAAAUGACACAGAAAUUGGAGGCCCUUCAUUUAGAAGCACUCUGUAAUGAGAACUUGGUUUUCUGGAGUCAGAAGCAUACUGAAGUAGAAACGGUCGAUCUUGUCUUAAAGUUAAAGAAUAAACUGUUGCAGGCUGACAGAGAACAGCUUCCUGUGAAAACUGAAACACUGAAAAAGCUGCAGACACACAUCAAUGAUAUUAUACUAGCACUUCCAGAUGACUUACAGGACAUCUUGCUCAAAACUGGCACAACAUGAUUUCUACUGGGCUUUUUGCUUGCAGAAAACAAAAGGCCAAUGUGGUGUCACAGAAGACAGCGGCUCCAAGUUCGGAGCACAGCUCCAAAGAGUGCAUUAACACUACAAAUGGCCUGUACCAAUAGUAUAGCCCACUGUACUAGUUUCACUGUUUUUUCCACUGAAAAACCAAUGCAACUAAAGGAAUUCCUGUGUCUAAUAACGUUUGAAAUAAGUGCUCUUAAAGAAAAAUCUGUGGGCGUAUGAAACUAUACCACAGUAUAGGACCACGGUGCAGUGCUGGCAUUGCAGAAUGUUUUCCAAUUGGUGCUGCUAUACCCAAUCCUGCUGACUCAGGGGUAAGCAAUAUUGAUCCUGUACUGUCCUGUUGAUGUAGUACCUGAUUGCUUUGCUUUUUUUGCUUUUUUUUUUGUUUCCCUGUUAGUUUUCAUCUAGUCCAACUGACGUACUAUGAGACUUGGUUACAGUUGAGGUAUUUUGCUGGUAACUCCUUGCUUUCAAAACUGUUCCAGGGACAGCUGAAAUAAUCACAUCCGUUCGUAACUUUCCUCCUUUCUCCUUCUUACCAUCUUUCCAAAAUCAUGUUAAUUUAGCAUCUUUAAAGAAGAGAAGGCAGCUGACAAAGAUUUCUUGAACAGAAGUCUCCUCUGUUCAGUGGCAAUUAAUUAGGAUGCUCUUACUCACAUGCCUUAAAUAUAAAAUAAUUGUAUACUAAUUGGUGGUUUUAAACUGCUGACAUCCAGGAUUUAAAGUAGAUCAUUAGUGUAAAUGUAAGCAUGCGGUAUUCAUCACAGGAAAUAAACACAGUGGUGUUCUAAUACGGAUUUUAAAAUCAGUGAAUUCAGUUAGAGUUAGCUGAUAUACAAUCUGUUUCAGUUGGAGAUCAUAGCAGUCAGCUCCUGUUAUAAAUUUUUUUUUAAUUACUUAUGCUAGUUUGAGGAGGUAAUGGGGCUGGAGGGGGAUGAUGUUGGCUUCAGCUGAAACAAGCCUAUGGGAAGGUCAAACUGUGGCAAGAAAAGAUUGUAGCAUAAAAUUAUUCUCAGUAUAUGCAUAUAACAGAUGUGCAUAAACAGUAGUUUUCUCUUGCAUAUUAAGCAACAAGAAUGUGAUGUUUAUCUUCUUGAAUAAAUUUCAGUGGCAUAUAAGAACUCAGCUGCUCCACAUGCAGUGUUGUACUUUGACCAGUUUCAAGUAGAAUAAACUUAACGCUAUAGUGUACACACAGCAUACACUUUUAUAUGACAAGUGGAUCACAGUUAUAAACAAAAUUCUGCUUUUAAGUGCUUGGAUAGAAUUUUUAAAACUUACGACAUAAUCCUGCUAUACGAAUAUGCUUUUGUAUGAUAAAUAUUUCAUACCAUCUUUCUAAAAAGUCUUAUUUAGAUAUAAAGUGUCACAAUGGUAUUUUUAUGAAAAUAAUGUAUUUUAAUACUGUUAUGGUUUGUAUACAAUUACUCAUGACCAAAAGUUUAAUGUAUCUAUUAUAUUACUUAAACUACAUCACUUCAGCAUUAAUUUGGGGGUCAGGAUUUGUUUGUACAUAAAGUUUGCAGGGGUGGGCAGGUGGGUGGCAGAAGGCAGGGAAGAGCUGAAGCAGAGGAGGAAAUAGCAUUUCUAAUCCAGAAAUUAAUAAGUGGCCAUUUUUAUUCUAAAUUAUCUUCAAUAUUUAACCUGGAGCACUGUGUAGUUUCUUGGAACCAUGUAAACUGGUAACAACUGUGAUAACUAUCACAUGACUGCAAAUAUGUAUUUUUGUAAAAGAAAAUAAAGGGUUCAAUUUUUAUUUUUU